AUGCGAUGCGCGAGCAAGGCCGCCGAGAGCGCGUCCGCACGUCUCUGUGCGGACGCCGAAGCAGAAACCACAGCAACUGAUGUCUCAUCGGUUGCUAUAGCGACUCAGCCUGUGUCACUUGGUGAUGCAGGCUCUGGUCAUGAAGACACUCAUGUCUUCACAGAGUAUGAGCUCGGUGUCUCAUACUCUCCUGAUACGGAAGACGGAUCCGUAUCGACGGCGAUCGAAUUCAAGCCGCCUGCCAAGCGUGGUAUCGAUGAUGCUAUGCGUCGCAGCAUCUUUGGUUCAUCUGAUGAAUCAGAUGAACCAUCGCCGAAGCGAAGGCGCUCGAGGUCGCGAGACUCGGGCGCUAACAGUGGUGUCGGUUCUCCUAUGGACACCACUUCACAGCGAGGUGCCAGUACUUCUGUCGGCACAUCGCAGGAAGAGCGGGACCGCAAUGUCUUGCGUCUCGCUCCUGAGAAGAAGGCAUGGAUGCCUUCCAAAUCUGUCAUGGAUCACUUGUCGGCGACGACGAGUGAUCGUUAUCGAACACGAUUGUUCGAUUCGUCAAGGAUCCAUCACCUUGACCCCAGCGCGAAAAACUAUCGCGCUGAGAACGAUUUCUUCAUCGAUGCUUUCUUUAGACAUCGAUGGUACAGUGGGAAUCACAAACGUGAUGGUCCCUCACUACUUCAGGCGUGGAACGCUUACAUCCAUAACCUUGAGGAUGAGGUCGUGACGUUUGGAACGACAAACUUAUCAAAGCUCGUGAUAAGUUUGAAAAGCGAACCCCUACAGGUGCACGCUACAAGCUGCAUCGUCUGUCUAGGGAGAAAGGAUUACCCGGCCUCUCAUGGGGAUACUCGUGCUCAUGUUGUGUGA